GGGAAACACGAAUUCAGCUCAAACCUAAAUACCGGUCUUUGCCAGGAAAUGUCCAAGUCUCGCCGCAGUUUGUCGGGUUUGGGCUUCGAACGCAAGCGGUCCAUGGCUAACGACCUUUCCGCCAUUCCAGAGACGCCUGUCGUCUCGACGUCUGCCCUCUCGUUUCAACAACCAAUGUACAACACUGGACAAGGUAAUUCUCAGCCUGACCACACCCGCAGUCCGUCUCCACCAGCUUCCAGCUACUUUCCUUCCGUAUCCCAGAGCCAAGUUGGAGAACCACAACCUACACCUGGAGCCAACUCUCAUUUCGCAUACAGUACUCAGCUACGUCGACAUAAUGCUGAAGGCUCUCUCAGUAUUCCUCCCAAUUUCAGUGACAUUGCGAAUGCCGUCGCUGCAGAAGGCCCAACCGGUCUCUGGAAUAAGGCUGUCAACGCUGUCAACGUCGUCACAGGGGUCACCGGACAACGACAUUCACAUAGCGACUCCCUCGAUAAUGCGUAUAUUCCCCUACAGGUGCGAGAGCACAAAGAGGAGCGACGAGAGACCCCCUCCGCACGUUUCGCUCAUUGCAGCGUCGAGGACACCAUAUCUCACUUCCAAACAACUGCCCAGGGUGGCCUUUCCGCGUCUUCAAUACCGGGCCUCCAGGUCAUCCAUGGCUACAACGAAUUUUCCGUGUCUGCCCCCGAACCUGCGUUGAUCAAGUUCGCUAAAACCAUAUAUGAAAGUCCACUCAUCUUGCUGCUGUGUGGCAGCGCUGUAAUUAGUGCUGUAAUGGGGAAUAUCGAUGAUGGAGUCAGCAUCACUGUAGCUGUGCUGAUUGUUCUAACUGUUGGGUUUAUCCAAGAGCAGCGAUCCGAAAAGAGCUUAGAGGCCCUAAAUAAGUUGGUUCCACACCAUUGUCACGUCAUACGCGACAACAAUACCGUACAUGUCCUUGCUAACGAGCUUGUUCCUGGGGAUAUUGUCACUCUCACCACUGGGGAUCGCGUUCCCGCUGACAUCCGAGUUGUUUCGGCAAUCGAUCUAGAAAUAGAUGAAAGCAGCCUUACUGGAGAGACUAAUGCGCGACGUAAAGAUGCAAAAACUUGCGAAUUUGAGUCGAAUAUUAUUCAAUCAGGUAUGGGAAAUGGCUAUGUACCACGCGAACCAGUCGCGUUGGCGGAGAGGUCGUGCAUAGCAUACAUGGGGACAUUGGUGAGGAAUGGGAGGGGGUCUGGGGUAGUAAUUGCUACAGGAUCUCAGACUGAGUUUGGUGUUAUUUUCUCGAUGAUGCAAGAUGUCGAGGAGAAGCGUACACCACUCCAGCUAAGCAUGGACGAGCUUGCGAAGGGCCUAUCCAUACUCUCCUUCAUCAUCAUAGGCUUCAUCUGCCUAAUUGGAAUCGCGCAACAACGUGCUUGGCUUGAUAUGUUUACCAUUGGCGUCUCACUCGCUGUAGCUGCCAUUCCUGAAGGAUUGCCCAUUGUCACUACCGUGACACUUGCGCUAGGCGUCUUACGCAUGUCGAAACGGAAAGCUAUUGUGAAGAAACUGCACUCUGUGGAAGCUUUGGGAUCCGUAUCAGUGAUAUGCUCCGAUAAAACAGGGACACUAACCAAGAACGAGCAAACAGUCACAGAGAUAUAUGUUGUGGAUGAAAUCGUACAUGUGGACACAGGUCCUUCCACUGAAAGCAUUUCGCCUGCAGUAAGGAAAGCGUUGGAAGUUGGGUCCUUAUGCAAUAACGCAUCUUUGUCAAGUAACGAGGAUGGUGUCCUUGUCGGACAGUCCACCGACGUUGCUCUGCUGAAUGUUCUAUCUGUGUUCGGAAUUCCAGAUCAAAGAAGUUCUUUUACUCGUCUCUCAGAACGACCAUUCAAUUCAGAGCAUAAAUAUAUGGCUGUGAGUGGCAUUCACGCCUACUCAACAGCCCUCUAUAGUGGCGGUCCUCGGGAAAUAUAUUACAUCAAAGGAUCCAUUGAUGCCAUUCUCGACCGCUGUAAGUAUUAUUUCGUUGCAGACGGCUCUACUCCACUUCUCGAUGCCAAUACGCGGAACGUUAUUUUAAACAACGCUCAAGCUACUGCGUCACGAGGUCUCCGGGUUAUUGCCAUGGCUUAUGGGUAUGGCUCUGUUGAAUCUCCUGGGCCUGACACCCCAUCGACGCCUACACAACUUGGGUAUCGCGUUAGUCCGUCGGCACCUGCAACACGACCAUCAACGCCAGACAAGGACAAAACAAACCUCAUCUUUGUCGGUUUUCAGGCGAUGCUGGAUCCCCCGCGGAAAGGCGUUGCAGAUGCAAUUGGGCUUCUCCAAUCAGGAGGUGUUCAGGUAGUGAUGAUCACUGGUGACGCGGAGCAUACCGCUCUUGCCAUUGCACAGAAACUCGGUUUAAGGAUUGGCCGUAGUGCCACGCAUUCUGUUCGAGGUAGUAGCAGUUAUUGCUUGACGGGCAAGGAGAUCGAUCAGAUGAGCAAGGCACAGCUUGUGCAGCGCGUUGGAAGUGUGAGUGUCUUCGCAAGGACAACGCCACGUCACAAGAUGGCCAUUGUGGAGGCCUUCCAAGCACGAGGUGCUGUGGUAGCAAUGACAGGAGAUGGAGUGAAUGAUGCCCCCGCGCUGAAAAUGGCUGAUAUCGGCGUGUCUAUGGGUAAAAGCGGAACGGAUGUAGCCAAAGAAGCAGCCGAUGUCAUACUUGUCGAUGACAAUUUUAGUACGAUAUUACCUGCGGUAGAAGAAGGAAAAUCUAUCUUUCACAAUAUUCAAAACUUCUUGGCGUUCCAACUGAGCACCGCGGCUGCUGCCUUGGUGUUGAUCACAAUCAGUACCAUGUUUGGCUUCAGCAACCCUCUGAAUGCCAUGCAAAUACUAUUUAUCAAUAUUUUAAUGGAUGGACCUCCGAGUCAAUCGCUCGGCGUUGAUCCUGUUGAUCCCGCUAUAAUGCGGAAACCUCCCAGGAAGAAAAACGAGCCUAUAAUUACCAAACAACUAUUAUACCGAGUUCUAUUUUCGGCAGCCACUAUUGUUUGUGGCACAUCAUUCAUCUACACUCUUGGAUUACACGAUGAUCAUGGGUCAAGUAGGGAGCAAACGAUGACGUUCACUGGCUUUGUAUUUUUGGACCUCGUUUCUGCAGUCCAGAACCGUGGAUUAGGAUGCGGCCUUACCCAAAAUAGGAUGCUCGUGACAACGGUUUCAAUAUCCUUCAUCGUACAACUUGCACUGGUGUAUGUGCCCUUUUUACAGGCGAUAUUCCAGACAGAGGCACUUUGCACGCAGGAUUUGUGUACACUCUUGCUACUGGCGUCGGCGUCAAUGGCGUUGCACGAAGGACGGCGACAUUAUGAACGUAAAUUGAAUGCCUCUGCGACGUAUGCAAGUGUUAUGGAGGAAAUGGCUUAAGCAGGUGAGGUGGUCCAGAUGUUACUGUCUUGCCCUUGUUCUAGAUAUCUAGAAGGAUUUGCAUAUAGGACUGUAUAGCAUUUAGUAAGAAGAUUACACAAUUUAUUUUCUCGUACAUACUUGCAAGAUAAUGUGUAUAUUU